AAUGACAGGACGCGGCUGAAGCAAAUGCCUCUGGGAUCAAACCAAUGGGAGAGGAGCGUCCCUGUCUCCCCGACUGCCUUCUGAAUGGCACUGUUUUGUGCGUACAUGUGACCGCAGAAGGCGCUCGCUGGUAUUUAAACGUCAACCACAGGGUGCUGAAGUGGACAGCUCCCCACGCAGAUAAACAGCGCCGAACCGAGGCGCGAUGGCUGCCUAUGCUCCUCCUGGUGGGUUCCUCUCGGCUUCCUCUCCUCGUAACUCUGAAUGAAAACACCAGUGACUCCCAGCCUGCGCGUUAUUUCCGAACACUGACGGAGGGAGGGAGACAUCGUGCAGUAAGGCGGAUGCCGGGGCACCUGUAGCUGAUUCUGGAUCACCGGUUCAGAAAAAUCGGGCUGUUUCACAUCAGUUUCGUGUUGGUUCUGCAGGAUACGGGCUCUGGUGCCGUUUUGGUCCCGUGACAAGGAAGAGCAAAUGUCACCCAAAGCCUUUUAGGUGACGGAAGCAUUAAUUUCUAAGCCGCUCUGUGUGCCUGCUCGUACGCAGGGGGAGCAUGGAUAGAGAUGAAUUUCCUCUGGCUGGAGCGCUGUGUGGAUUUGUAAAGCGGGCGGUGUGCUACCGUGGAAACUGAACUGAAGAGAGGGACAAAAGCACCGCAACUAACCUGGCCUUUUCCUCCAAAGAACCUUUGGUUUGUUGUUUUCCAUUUUGUUAAGGAGGAUAUUGCAAUUUCCCCCUAUCAGUGAUGGGGAAAGAGGAGUGCAAAACAAUGCUGGAUGCUUUGAACAAAGUCACAGCCUGCUACAGGCACCUGGUCAUCGCUCUGGGAAGCACAUCGGAUUCCCAGAACCUGCGAGAGGAGCUAAAGAAGACCCGCAAAAAGGCCCAGGAGCUGGCCGUGGCCAACAGGACUAAACUGACCACCCUGCUCAAAGAUAAGACCAUCAGCAAGGAGGACCGCGCCGAGUAUGAGCGCCUCUGGGUGCUGUUCUCCAGCAGCAUGGAGCUCCUGGAGGUGGACAUGAAGAGAUCCUUGGAGAUAGGGCAGGACUUCCCCCUCAAGGUGCCCACCAGGCACCUGAUCCAGACGGGCAUGACCGGCAGCACUAAUGCGGUGGCCGCCCGGGCCAUGAGCGUCCAGAACAUGAAGUACGAGGCCGACAGCAACAUCGACACGGUGGACCUCAGGGACCUGCAGACCGAGAUCACGCAGGUGAGCCAGAUGAUGGAGGAGAUGGAGAUGAAGGUGCAGGUGGCGCCGUGGGCCGUGGUGGCAAAACAAGAAGCGGGCGCCGAGCUCAAGUCCAACAUGAGCGUUGGGAACUCUUCCGUGGGUGUCAUCUCCAUCUGCGAAGAGGAGCCCAAAGACGAUGAAGGUGGAGGCGGCAGGGAGGGGGGUUCUGGGUCGGUCGGCGCCGUGGUGGUGUUCUUUGUCAUCGUGGCAGUGGCUCUGGUUCUAGGAUAUUUAGUUGUCAAUAUGUAGUAACUGUCUGACCGACAGCAGGCCCUAAAGGACACCUUCUCGGCUUUCCACGGGAGAUAUCCGUGUGAAAGGGCAAGAGCUCUACAAGACAGAGGGGGGUCUUGAAGCGGUGAAAAGACAAAUGUUCCUACCCAAAGUUAUAAAUCUUUCUUGGAUUUUUGAAUGUAUUUGUUGGAUCUGAAGAGUUGCACUUGAUAAAACAUAGGCUACUAAAAUAUUAUAGACAGUGUGAGCCUGGGAGAGAAUGGCCAUCGGUCCUUAAAGGCAUUUGGAGGGGGCAAUAGGUCAUGUAUUUUUGGAAGAGAGGAAAAAAAAGUCAUAAAAUUACGUGACAGUGUCUGGCCAUCAGAGGGAUAUACACAACACGUAAUCCAAGUGGAUUAGUGGAAAAGCUCAAGCGUAAAUGUAGCCGAUGGUUAAGUAUCCCUGUUGAUGUCCAUCUGACUGAUUUAAAGUCUCGAUUUCACUCCAGAACAGUCAGGUGUGUUCACACAAGCAGGUUGAAACAUCUCGUCUUAAAAUUAGGUCCAUGCCUUCGGAAGCUAGAGCCAGCAGUUAAUCCCUACGUAACACUUUGGUAGGGGUUGCACAAAUCUGCACUGCUCCACCGUCCUGACAGCACAGUUUUAAUGCACCAUAAUAAUCUCUACAAUUGCACUGCAAUAGGCCUGCAUCUUACUGAACUCAACUGCAUCCAAUUUCAGAGGCUUCAUGAGAAACAGGACAAGAUGUGAACAGUCGUUUCUUAUUGCACCUUUUUCACUGCAAAGCCUGUUCCUUGUUUCUAUUCAGGGUUUUCUUGCAGUUUUGAAUGUAAAAACAUUGCAACUUGUGAAUUGAAUAUUUGUACAUACAAUCUAUACAGCUGUUUCAGGUCAUGUAAAUACAAUCUAGUAUAUUUAUUAUAAUAAAAUUUUGAAACACUCUUGAA